AUGGCGUCGCACAAGUCUGAUGGUGGUCGAAUACCCCGGCUGAAGAAUGCCGCCAGUCAGUCCCGGAGCGUAUCGUCACCUGCAAUGGCCUCCGCUCGUUUUUACGAGACCCCUGCCCAGCUAUUGUCUAGGCCGCAGAUACCAAGAUUUACGAAUGCCUCGACGAGAGCCACCCGAGCGUCAUCGGUGUCCAGCGCAGACGAGUCCCGCCACAGUGUCGCACAGCCCAACCCUUCGAGAAUCCCGGCCGGUCAGAAUGCGCGCCCACCGAUCCCCUCACGAGCCACCACACACCCAAUGCCGCCGACAUCCCUGCAGAUGAUGCCGGGUCCAAGUCCUCCGCAGGCCUACCACAUGGCUGCUGAACCCCUGAGUGCCCCUGGCAUCGAGAACCAGACCCCUGCCCCUGGUCGACCUCGCAAUGUCUUGCGGAGGAAGCCGCCGACGAUCGGUCAACAUAUCGCGCAGAACCAGCCAAGCUUGGAGAGAAUACGACCGGAGAAAUUCAAUGUGAUUAUCCCAGAUUUCCCUACUGUUGGCCAUCCUGCGACCACCUUCCAACCCUUUCCGAGUCAGGCACCUUCAGCAUCGCCAAUGGCUUCGGAGGAUAAUCUUUCAAGCAUCGUACCGGAAGCCCAGACCCAUACCGGUCCGAAGGAGCUCGCCAGCCUCCGAACCAUUGUCAAUACACAAAAUCUACCACCCCCGACCCCGAUGAUUUCUUCCGCCAGUAGCCCUUCGACCAGGUAUUCCGAAUCCCCGGGGGUGUGGAGUAGGACCUCGACGCCCACUACUUUAUCUUCCUAUUCACCAGGAAUCGUCCAUCCGGUGAAGGCUCCUCGUCUGAGACAGCCUAGCCCAUCUCAAAGCCGACUGCCGGUUUUCUCUCUGACACAGCAGCCGAGUACUUCGAGUGACCGUGUGGCGCCAAGCACUUCACGGUCCCCGCUGUUGGCGCAGAGCACGAGAUCAAGGAUGUCCGUUACUGAGACCGAGGCCAAGCAGUCCCUGACGAAGACCAGUAUGACGAGUAUGGCCGACGCAUCCAACAGCCACCUGCCCCGCAAGGCGUCCACAAGCAGCACGCGACGACUUUCCAACCAAGGCAAAUCAACCGAUGAGGCCGCCCCGACUGUAGAGGAAAAAAGGACGUCACGAGUCAUGUCUCACAGAGCUAGGGUACCUGCAGACGUGAUAGGCAAGCCCCUUGAAAUACCCAAACGGCCGACCAGACAAGGGACUCAUCAGUUGGUAUUGGACCCAUCGCCCGUGGUGAAGAGCAACAUACCACCCAAAACGGUAGUUGGUCAUAAACGUCGAGGGUCGACCGAAAAGUCCCCCGUUCCUGAGAGACUCCCAGUGCUGAAUCGAUCGGCAACCACAUCAAUCGACUCACUGCAAUCGAGGACGUCUUCCCACAUUACAACCCGCAUUCCGCCAUCCCCGGAGCUAUCGCGAAAGUCCGCUCGACCAUUGGCCCCGGAACCGAAACCAGAGGAUACUCCGGCCCCCGUGAAAUCACGAGCGUUUGGUCUUUUCACCAAGAGAUCCAAGCCAGAAAUGGACGUACGGAGUGACGGUCGUUCGGCCCGUAAAGGUCCAACUGCUGGGACGGGCCACGAGGGCUACGGAAGAUAUGCGCAGCGUGGCCGCAAACCAAGCGUCAGCAGCAGCACAAGUCGAGCGAGAUCAACCAGCACGACUAGAAGUGGGCCCAAGUCUGUUGCCAGCAGCAAGGGGAGUGUUCGAAGCCCCGGGCUGGAGCUGGACGAUUUUCUGCUUGAACGCCUGGAGCCUGUGAUCAUUAGAGGCGGGAAUAUGGAUGAGAUGGCGUCGCAGAGACGACCAAGUGAGCAGAGUACAAGUGGGUUCAGCACAGCUUCGACUUCGAAUUUGACGCAGCCGUCUAUAAUCUCUGAAUCGCCUGGUUGUUCAACCGAGACUCUGGCCAGCUCCAGAGCAUCAGCAGACCCCGGAGAGUCAACCAAGGAUCUAGGAAGACAGAAAUCCUUCGAACAGCCCAGACUGACAAGUGUUCGCCCAGAAAUUGAUGCCAAAGUCAUUCAAGCGCCUGCGGCUCGUUCCAUUCAGGAUUUACAUCAGUCAAAUCUUGGAGUUCAUACUACGCCUCCCAAAGCCCCAGAGAACACGCAAAGCCCGCAGAAGCAGUCUAAACGGGGACUGGGUCUGAAGUGGGAUCUUUUUCGGAGAAAGCAAGCCCCUGAAAAGUCAGUUGGCAAGAUCUCGACUCCUUCUGCUCCACAGUUGCAUGCCACAGUAGCCCCGGCCGCCGUGCAUCGGCCUGUUGCGCACUACGCAUUGAUCGACAUGGACUCUGACCCGCUGGAGGAGAUUGUCCACAACGUUGAGAACUCACCACCGACUGAAGACGACGAUAUCAGCUCGCCAGUAGAAGUGCCGGCUGCGUUGAACAUCAAGAAGACACCGGAUUCUAUCCUUCUCCCUUCGCCACCAAAGCUGCACGAUGCCAUAUUUCGGGACCAGCCUCCGUCGCCCAAAGUCUACUUCCACAAAAGCCUGGUGCCCCAGAGUCCAGAGAAAAAGGUGGAAGGAGAACGCCCGACUCGUCUGACUUCUGUUGGUCGCAUUCCGCGUGUGGUUUCGAGACGCGAGAGACCACAUAAGCCAGCUGUGCAGUCGUUCUCAAGGCCUUUCAGUGUCUCUCAGUCACCCCCGUCGUUGACAGCCCCGGUGAUCGAGAAGCCCGGUGAUAGUUCGUUCUCACCCAUCUUCACUCCAGACUCUCAAUAUGCCGCACCUCUCAGCAAGCCUUCCGAUUACAAAUUCGAUUUCACGGACCCUUUCAAAGACCUCUUGAAGGGUAGUGUCCUCGAUUUCAUUGCAGGCCCUUACUCCAAGGAGGAAUUCAUGACAUUUUCACCGAGAAAGGACUCCGUACUAUCGACGUCAAGUGGCUCCGAAAGUCUCGCAGCGGUCACGGCCGUCAUUCCAGAACCGGAAUCUGCCUUAAUGGAGGACGAGAUAUGGGGUGAAUACGAUGAUUUGAUCGACCACGUCCUUUCCCCGGAAACGACAAGCACGCUUUUCGAGGAUGAUUUGGAGGUGGAUCACAAGCUUGAGCUCGCGACAAUGGCCAGCAAGACACUCCAAGCGGAGCUCAAUGGGCUGCCCGCAAUGCCUGGCCUGUUUGAGAAGCCCGCGGUUGAAUUCACACCCUCAUCGCCCCAGUCUAGCACCGGUUCCGUCCGGCUUCGAAGGUCCAGGAUCGCUGCAGAGUUGCAUACGUCCAUAGGUCUCUCCCCCCAGCCUUCAUACAGUGAGAUCAUCGCCAGUUACGGCGACGAUCGGAGUGAGGGCAGCGCAGCGGAGAAGGAGACGGAGAAUAAGUUGUUGGCACCAAACCAAUUGGUCGAACAGCCGUCUGCGUUGCUUAGUUCGCCAGCCUUAGUCUCCUCUCCCAGCUUUGAGAUUUGUCGACAGCGCAACACUGUGCUCUUUGAUAUCGCUGAGCGCGACCGUGAGGGGCCCACUGCCCACACCAACAUUCGAUCUGGAUCACUGAUGACCAGCCGAUGGCUGUCAUUCGGGCGAGUCCUCUUCAGUCCUGCACAUAAGCGAGCCAAGAGCUCGGACCCAGAGCGUAUCCUGGUGGUGGAUGGACUGGGCAACGACGACUGGUCUUUCUACUGCGCCUUGACAUAUCCGAACGCAGAGGUGUACAGUCUCAGCGAUGGGCCAAAACCGACAGCCUCCAAGCACCCAGAAGCAUGGCAGCCUCCAUCAAAUCACCAUACCAUCCAUCAUCCGAGCCUCGAUGAUCCACUGCCAUUCCCACGGGCAUUCUUCGCAGUUGCCGUGCUGCGAUUUCCGGCUGCCUGUUCUGAACGGGCCCAGGAUAAUAUCAUCUCGGAAUGUAAGCGCGUGCUUCGCGCGGGCGGCUAUCUGGAGAUGAGUAUCCUCGAUCUCGAUAUGGUGAACAUGGGGAUCCGCACACGCAAAGCUGUGAGAAAACUCAAAGAGCGGACAUACAUAUCCGACCCUUACAUCAGCUUGAAGCCUACAAGUGACAGCAUCCAGCGCCUACUGGGACGACACGGGUUCGACAACCUCCGACGAUGCAUGGUACGGAUCCCCGUCGCCGGCGUGAUCGUCCGAUCCUCAGCGUCCUCCACCUCGACCUCAUCUUCGAAUCCAUCCAUCCUCCCCGUAGCACCAUCCUCGUCUACCACCCUCUCCCCUCUCACAGGCUUGUCCACCGCCGCCAAAGCAAAGGCCAAAGCCCACGGCAAGUCCUCCUCCAACGACACCGACCUCUCCCUCGGUGACCUCCUCUCCGACCCCUCUCCCUCCCCAUCCAACGACGAGUCCAUCCGCAAGAUCGUCACCAAAGUCGGCCGAUGGUGGUACACCCGAUGCUACGAGAUCCCCGUCCUGCCCAACGGCGACGUCGCUCUCAGCAUCUGGUCCGACCGGAAGAUCCUGCGCGAAUGCCAACACCGCGGCACAGGCUUCCGCCUAUGGAUUGCCUACGCCCAGAAACCGAGCGAAAAGCGACGAACCGCUAGUGUUUAG